AUGGAGGGCCGAACCGAGUAUCCCGCUCUACUUGCGAGCCUGAGCCCGGAUCAGGCUGUCGGCGUAUUCAACGAUCGAGUCGCCCUCAUCUCCAAAGUCAAUUCAGACAUCGCCGACUGGUUGCAGGAGCGCCGGAAGGUCGAGGAGGCAUAUGUCAUAGGACUCAGAAAGUUGGGGAGUCGUUCACAGCAUGAUGCUGCUGCUCUGGGUAUUUUCCAGGUGCCAUGGCAGCGCAUUGUUUCCGGGGUCGAGAACUCCGCCGCCUCCCACGAGAGACUGGCGCAAAAAAUCGAGACUGAUAUUGAGAAGCCGCUUCGCCAGUUUCAUACACGUAACACCGAGAUGAAGGCUGCGACAAGCUCCCAAAGUAAUCUUGCCAACAUGGCCAGAGAGCUCAGUGCCGCCCAGAAAAAAGCCGAAAAAGCAAGAGGUGGCAAAAAGGAGGGCGAGACGAGCUCCGGGGUCGACGAUGCCUCGCGCCAGUGGGAGUCGCAAGCGCCAUACAUUUUCGAGCAGCUCCAGGUCCUCGACGAGCAGCGCGUGAACCAUCUACGGGAUGUCCUUACGCAGUUGCAGACGCACGAGGCGGAUCAGGUUGAGCGAAGCCGUGCUAGUGCUGAGUCGUGCCUGAAUGCACUGCUCACCCUCGAGACAGCGGAUGAGAUCAAGACUUUUACAGAGAAGGUCGCGGCUGGCCGAAGCAACUUGCAACGUCGGAGGUCAUCAGCGACAGCCACAAGACCGCCUACCUCAGGCAUGCUUGCACCACCAGAACCUCCGUUAAGACCGAACAACUCCAGACGAGCAAGCUCAACUUCUAAUCAAGAUCGGUUGCCAUCGUUAUCAGAACAGACGCCCACUAAGAGUAAACUGGGAGGACUGAAGCGCUUGGGAACCGUCAUGAGCCGGAGGAAGAGCACUAUGCCGCCUCCGCCGGUACCGGAGAAAAAGAAAGACAGAAGAUCAAUGAUGCCUUUCCGACGAGGCGACUCAUCGAGGAGUUUCCAAGAUCUUGAGGAAACUGGCAGAGACCUAACCCCUGUUCAAUCACAUCAGCCAUCUCACGGCUCGAUCACGCAGCUGCCGUCCGCAGAAGCCUCAUCCAGAGAUAACCUUGCCAGUCGUCAAAGUGCUGAACCCCCAGCACCCAUGACCAAUGGUACAUCUGAGUUCCAACCGCCACCAGGUCCCCCUCCCUCACAGAUUGCUACUCAAGCAGCGCCGCCACCUGCCACCAUUGCCGAGGAACCUGCUUCGCCUAUCGCCUCUUUGACCACACAACCAGAACCUCCGACUCAGAUAUCCCCGCUUGAGCCACAGACAACAGGCGCUACGGAGGCCGAAGAGAGAGCGCGUGCCUUCGCUAUCCGCGACCAACCGAUCAAGGAGGAUGAGUCGGAGGCUCAAAUGGCCAUGUCUAACAUGGCCAACCAACUGCGCAUGCAAGGCGCUACCUCGGGCAUUAAUCGUGUCCAAGGCUCCGUUCGUGGUCGCCGCGAUGUGCGAAAUACCAUGUUCAUUCCCGCCGGCGUUGAUAUCCUCAAUACUGGUGGUGCCGCUCCACCUACAAGCUCUCCGCCCGCCACUUCUCCGAGCCUGCCCGCCUCUACCAGUGCCACCGAUCUCGCAUCCCCAAUACAGCAACCACGCCAGAGGACCAUUCUUGAGGACCAUAAUCUCGGCAGCGACACGACGUCCGUGCACUCCACUCACUCUCUGGCUGGCCUAGCUCACCACCCUGAACUCCAUGAACCAGGCCUCAACGCUUCGAUAGUCGAGACGGUCAAUACGUGGUUCUCCGCCACCGGCGUCACCAAAGCCUUCGUUACGGGCGAAAUCGCACUCGCCUACAACCCUCCCGCUCUCGGCACUGCAUCCGAAUCCGAGACAAUCCGCCUGCAACACUUUGAGGUUCUUGAAAAAGUCGCCGCCAACCCUACGUUCGUCACAUCCGCGGCCAAAGACUCAGCCACCAGCUCCGAGGAGCAUGCAGGCACGUACACUGUCACGUUGAACAACAUCAAACGCGCCGCACCCACAGUGGGUCUCAAAUACCAGCUACAUAUCGACGAGGCCAACCUCGCAGCCUACAGCCCGAUCCUACUAACCCCCGCAUGGCAGCUCGUCGAGGGCCAAGCCUCCGCCAUCCUACUAUACAGCCUCAACCCAGCCUUCGCAUCCGAGGCCACGACGUUCAAGAACGUCGUCAUCAGUGUGGCGCUGGACGUGACCGGUGGCGCCGACGCCGUAGCAGUCAAGCCCACGGCCGCGAUGAUGAGCCCGACUCAAGGCGCGAGCUUCAAGCGCAAGCACGGCGCCGUCACGUGGCGUUUCGCGGAACUGAGCGUCAAGCCCGAGCAGGAGAGGCUGCUGGUGCGGUUUACGACCGGGGCGGGCGUGCCGAAGAAGGGGCCUGUGGAGGUCAGGUUCGAGGCGCAGGGGAGGACGGCGAGUCUGGUGGGCGUGGAGAGGAAGGGUGGAGAGGCGCCCAAGCGGGAGAAGGUGCAUGAUCCGUUUGCGGAUGAUGGUGGGGAGUUGGAAGGCGUGGAGAGCGUGGCGAGUGAGGCGGGCUGGGUGGAGGUGAGUACGAAGAGGGGUUUGGUGAGUGGGAGGUAUACGGCUAGCUGA